GCCGCUCGGCUCUCCGGGGCGUGGGACGCUUAGAGCUUCGGCUCCUUUCCCCGCCCCCACUCCAGUCACCAGAACCACGCAGAACCAAUGGCAGCCGCGCUGAGGCCGAGUCCUGCGGCAGUGCCGAGGCUCCGCCCGCCCGAACUGACCGCGGGAACCAGCCGUUCCGCGCUCCGGCCGGGUCGGGCCGGGCCGGGGCGGCGGGGAGGGGCGGGGCUCUGCGCUGGGAGCCGCGGGGGCGGGGCCGCCGCCUGGUCUCGCGCGCUGCGUCUCGCGCCGUUCGUCGGUCGCGCCGCCGGUCGUUUCUCCCCUCUAGUCGCCGCCGCCGCUGCUGCUGCGGAUGGGGGAGGUGGAGCCGGGGCCCACGGGCCCCCUGGAGCCCCCGGAACCGCCCGAGGCCCCCGUCGCGAGCCGCCGGCCGGGGGGGAUCCGAGUCUUGAAGAGAAACAUGAAGCGCAGUGGAAGCAGACACUGUUUGCACAGGAGAAGUAGAUUCAGCUCCCGUGAGAGAGACUGGCUGAAAGAGGAUGUGAAGAGAGGAUGUGUCUACCUCUAUGGAGCAGAAACAGCUACGGCCACUACCAUUGCUUCUGUGGCCAGCACUGUUACCUCUUCCUCUUCUGAUUUGCGCCUGGUCCUUUGCACAGUAGAGACACCAGCAUCCGAGAUAUGUGCUGGAGAGGGAAAGGAAAGCCUUUAUUUACAGCUCCAUGGAGACCUUGUCAGGAGAUUGGACCCUGCUGAACGACCCCUUCAGAUGGUAUAUGAAUAUUUAGGCAGCCUGGGUUUUGAGGAUCCUGUUCGUAUUCAGGAGGAGGCAACAAAUCCUGACCUCAGCUGCAUGAUUCGCUUUUAUGGAGAAAAACCAUGCCAGAUGGAUCAUCUAGACCGGAUUCUUUUAUCUGGUAUCUAUAAUGUACGCAAGGGAAAGACCCAGCUUCACAAGUGGGCUGAGCGCUUAGUUAUUCUCUGUGGAACUUGCCUUAUCGUGUCUUCGGUGAAAGACUGCCAGACUGGAAAGAUGCACAUUUUGCCCCUUGUUGGGGGAAAGGUAGAAGAAUUGAAACGGCGACAACACACUCUCGCCUUCAGUUCUGCAGGAGCCCAGGCUCCAACGUACCAUGUCAGCUUUGAGUCCUUGGCAGAGUGCCAGAGAUGGCAUCGGCAGGCCUCCAAGGUGGUGUCGCAGAGAAUAAGUACAGUUGAUCUCUCAUGUUAUAGUCUUGAGGAAGUUCCUGAGCAUCUCUUCUAUAGUCAAGACAUCACCUACCUCAACCUGCGACAUAACUUUAUGCAACUAGAAAGACCAGGAGGCCUUGAUUGUCUCUACAGGUUUUCUCAACUGAAGGGCUUGAAUUUGUCUCACAACAAGCUUGGGCUAUUCCCCAUUUUACUUUGUGAGAUUUCUACUCUAACAGAACUCAACCUUUCCUGUAAUGGAUUUCACGAGUUGCCUGUUCAGAUUGGCAAUCUGCUUAAUCUACAGACUCUCUGUCUUGAUGGCAACUCCCUCACUGGUUUACCUGAAGAACUGGGAAAUUUGCAGCAGCUUUCCACUCUUGGACUCUCUUUCAAUAAUUUUAGCCAAAUUCCUGAGGCUUGUGUGAAGCUCACCAUGCUAGAGAAACUGUCUAUGGCAGGAAACCAGCUAGAAGUCUUGAAUCUUGGAAUUUUGAACAGAAUGAAACAUAUCAAACAUGUCGAUUUAAGGUUGAAUAGUUUGAAGAGAACUGUUAUUGACAACGUGGAGGGAAAUAAGCAUGUUACCCACAUGGAUCUGCGGGAUAACCAGCUCACUGACCUGGAUCUGAGUUCGCUGGGAAGCCUACAGCAGUUGCACUGUGAACGGAAUCAGCUGAGGGACCUGACCCUCAGUGGCUUCACUCUUCGGGUCCUCUGUGCCAAUGCCAACAGGCUGACCACUGUGAAUGUUUAUCCAGUGCCUAGUCUGCUCACUUCCUUAGAACUCUCCAGGAAUCAAUUAGAGUAUGUUCCUGACUGGGUUUGUGAAUCAAAGAAACUUGAGGUGUUGGAUAUGAGUUACAAUCUUCUAACAGAGGUCCCCAUUAGGAUUCUGAGUAGUCUCAGUCUUAGGAAGCUGAUGGUGGGAUACAACCAUAUACAAAGCCUUCCAGACCUUCUGGAACACAUUCCUCUUGAGGUCUUGGAUCUGCAGCAUAAUUUACUCACCAGGUUGCCAGAAACCCUCUUCUCCAAGGCCUUAAAUCUCAGGUACCUGAAUGCCUCUGCAAACAGCCUAGAGUCUCUGCCAUCUGCUGGUUCUGGGGAAGAGAGUCUGAGUAUGCUGCAGCUACUCUAUCUGACCAAUAAUCAGCUGACAGACCAAUGUAUCCCUGUCCUGGUAGGACACCCACAUCUCCGAAUCCUGCAUCUUGCAAACAACCAACUACAAACAUUCCCAGCAAGCAAAUUGAACAAGUUGGAGCAACUUGAGGAGCUGAACCUGAGUGGCAACAAACUAAAGACCAUUCCUACAACCAUUGCAAAUUGUAAACACCUUCAUACACUUGUGGCACAUUCCAACAUUAUCAGCAUAUUUCCAGAGAUCCUGCAUUUGCCUCAGAUUCAGUUUGUAGAUUUAAGCUGUAAUGACUUGACAGAAAUUCUGAUUCCUGAGGCUUUGCCUCCUACCCUACAGGACCUUGACCUAACUGGAAAUACAAAUCUGGUUCUGGAACAUAAGACACUGGAUGUCUUCAGUCAUAUCACCACCCUGAAAAUUGAUCAGAAAACCCUAACAGCUGAUUCUGCAGGUGCAUCGACCUUCUGGAGUCAUGGUCUUGCCGAGAUGGCUGGUCAGAGGAAUAAACUCUGUGUGUCUGCUUUGGCUGUGGAUAACUUUGCUGAAGGUGUGGAAGCUGUAUAUGGCAUGUUUGAUGGAGACCGGAAUGAGGAGCUCCCCCGCCUCUUACAGUGUACCAUGGCUGAUGUGCUUUCGGAAGAGGUGCAGCAAUCAGCAGUUGACACAGUUUUUAUGGCUAACACCUUUUUGGUAUCUCACAGAAAGUUGGGAAUGGCUGGCCAGAAACUAGGCUCCUCUGCCCUCCUCUGUUACAUCCACCAUGAUACUGCUGAUCCUACAAGUAGCUUCACUCUGACAGUGGGCAAUGUGGGCACGUGCCAGGCAGUCCUGUGCCGGAAUGGACAACCCUUGCCCCUCUCCAAAAUCUUCAGCCUAGAACAUUGCCCAGAGGAGCAACAGCGGGUGAAAGAACAAAAAGCCAUCAUAACUGAGGACAACAAAGUGAAUGGAGUAACAUGCUGUACCCGGAUGUUGGGCUGUACAUACCUUUACCCUUGGAUCCUUCCAAAGCCCCAUAUAUGCUCCCUUCCACUUACAGUCCAAGAUGAGCUGCUGAUCUUGGGAAACAAAGCACUGUGGGAACGCCUGUCUUACCUGGAAGCUGUUAGUACAGUACGGCAUGUCCACGAUCCAUUAGCAGCUGCCAAGAAGUUGUGCACGUUGGCACAAAGCUAUGGUUGUCAGGACAACGUUGGCGCCAUGGUGGUCUGUCUGAAUGUGGGGGAGGAUGGCUGUACUUGUGAGGUUAAUGGCCUCAGUCUCCCAGGACCCGGGGGCUUUGCCCCAACUGCCGUCCUCAAAGAUGCCCCGAAGCCCACUACCCCUUCCUCAAGUAGCGGCAUCGCUUCAGAGUUCAGCAGUGAGAUGUCCACGUCAGAAGUGAGCAGCGAAGUGGGCUCCACAGCUUCUGACGAACACGCUGCCAGUGGCCUGGACGCCAGCCUGCUGCCAAGGCCAGAACGACGCUGCAGCCUCCAUCCCGUGCCCACCUCAGGGGCAUUUCAACGCCAACCAUCUUGUGCCACUUUUUCAAGUAACCAGUCCGAUAAUGGCCUGGACAGUGAUGAUGACCAACCAGUUGAAGGGGUCAUAAUAAAUGGCAGCAGAGUAGAGGUAGAAGUAGAUAUCCACUGCUGUAAAGGGAAGGGUCUUGAGGCUUCUCCUCCUGCUCUUGAGGAGACUUCUCUGACUCAGGGUCCUGAGGAAGACUCUGGAGGAUUGAUCUUUAGGUUCCGGAGACAAAACAGUGUGAACUGUGGAACACUUCUUCCAUUAAGCAGGGAAUUACAGAAAUCUCCAUCUACUUCUUGCCUCUAUGGGAAAAAACUCUCCAAUGGCUCUAUCGUGCCCCUAGAAGACAGCUUAAAUCUUAUCGAGGUGGCAACCGAAGCACCCAAGAAAAAAACGGGGUACUUUUGUGCUCCCACUCAGCUGGAGCCAGAGGAUCAGCUUAUUAUACCUCAUGACUUGGAAGAGGAAGUAAAAGAACAAUUGAAACAGCCCCAGGAUACCCGGGGUGGUACAAACUCAGAGCCCUGGGAGGAGGAUCGAGUGGACCAUCCAGAAGAAUUUGACACUGCUCUAUAACUCUAGAAGGAGCUCCACAAUCCAAAAAGGGGAUGGACUCUUGUAGCCAAUGGUCCUUCUCAACAACUUUGGUCAUACCUCUAUAAAUGAACAGAAAGGAAGCACUUGGAGGUGAAAAAUGAGAGUGGCCAAGUUUACUUAGAGUGAAUUAGUAACUACCAUCAGUAUUGGAUUUCACAUUUAAUUGUCAUUCAUUGGGAUUCCCAGGGAAGGAGCAGGAGGAGAUCCGACUCAGUCCUGCCACCUGCCAUUGAUCCCUUCUCUCCUAGGUUAAUUUUGAGAACUUGCUUACCUGUGCAGGAAGGGGACUUGUUUCUGCGGAAGAAGUAACUGAAGAUUGCUUCUCUUCAUGAUCACUAUUGAAGAAUCUCUGGCUUAAUAGUCAGCUUGUCAAGUGUCAGAGCUCAGCCUAAAUGAUAAGAUGUGAUAAGUCAUGUGGCUAUGGAAAUGAAACUCACUGGGAAUGCAGAGCCAAUCACACAAUUGAUUUAUGUAUGUACUUUAAUGAAAGCACUUUUCAAUGACUGAAAUUUAUUUUUGAAUCUGCACUCGAGCCAAUCUUCUUAGAGACAAUCCACCGGUUCUUUCAGUGAGGGACAGCAAGGGGUUGGUGUCUCUCCUAAGGGUAUCAAGGAAGGGUUAGAGGGGAGAGAGAUGGGGGAGAUUUCAGAGUUCUCUUGAUAGGGAUAUGAAUUUUUAAAAUGUAAAAAUGCAAGUGAAGACAGAAGCUACCAGAAUCUCCUGGUCAUGAUGAGGGGAUCCACUUCGGAUUUCUUGACAGGAAUGGGAAGGGGCUAAAAAUUUCCCUGCAGAUGAGAAGGGAAUGAUCUGGAGACUAUGCUAAUUCUAUAAAAUGCCAUGAGGGGUUGACAAUUUUCAUCUCCUAGUAGGUAGGGCCAGGGACUAACUCCUAUCCCGGUGACGUUGAACUAUUGUAUGUUUCAGAACAAAGUGAGAACAUAAGGAUAGACUUCACAUUUUAGAAAUUCUUCUGUCCUUUUAGUAGAGGAAGAUCAUUUUUCCUGAAAUAACAGAUUUUAACACUUAAAAUCUGUUUUUUUUUAUAGGUCUUCGACUCUUAAUGUUGCAGUGAUGGACUAUGUUACCCUUUAAAAAUCAGUCUUAUUAUACCAUAUAUGCUCUCAAUGAGUAUUGGACUCAUUUACUGCUAUAUGACUCUUAUAUUAGAAACAUUUCCAUACAAACAGAAAAACACUGUUUUCUGUACUUUUUUGCACAUCACUUCCACAUGACUCUGUCAAAAUACAUUUCCUUGCACGUUCUGUUUAAUUGCCUUUAUAAUUUGAAGACUCACAAGUAGACAGGAAGGCUAAUUUCAAAUUUUUCUUCCAAACUUUGACAUUGCCUCACCUAAUCAAAUUGGAAGUGUAAUUUGGAUUUGUUGAGUAUUUGCACAGACCAAGAAGAAAACAGGGUGGAACAAUUUGGCAUUUGCUUUAUUAGUAGGAACAUAAGGAUUGAAUAUUGUUUUGCCAAAUAAUUUUUAAAAGCAGCUUAAUUUAUACUUUGGGCUUGUUGUUUGUUUGAAGCAAUAACAGCAAACCAGUUGACCAGAUGAUCAGUUCACUAAUGAGUCCAUGGGUAUCGAUUGUCUACAAGUUUUACCUGUACACAUGAAUGUAUGGCACUCAUGUUUCCUUUUAAGGAGGAUCUUAUUAACUGCUUAAUGACCAUUUAAUAUUAAUCUCUUCAGGAGUCCAAAUUUGAGUUCUUUUACUGUUAGGAAAAUUUAGGUUUAUCUGUCAAAUUGUUGCUUUGCUACUGAAGAACUUGAAAUUUCAAAUCUUUGAUCUCAUUAAUUCCUUCUUAGUAAGGACUGCAGGGGCACAUUCAGGGUUUGAGGUUCACUAAAAAAGGGGGGGUGAAUUAUUUUGUGGCAGUAGCAUUCUCUCAGGGAGAUAAGAACGCAGAAUAGGGAGGGGGCCAAGAUGGGAUAGUAAUGCUGAGCCUUGCCCUUCCAGAACCGCAAGAAUAUAUCCUCUAUUAAACAAAGCUGAUUUGUAAAGCUAUCACAUGGAAAUCAUGGCUCCUCUCAGAAUUCUCCUUAGCUUAUAUUAAUUUCUUUCAUUCCUUUCCCCAGCCUGCUUGUUUUAAUAACCACUAGUUUUGGUAUAACUUGGUGUAUUUUGACUUGUAAGCUCAGAAUUUUGAAGUUAUAAAUGUUCCUAUAUGGGAUAUAAAUUUAUUAUCUAUUUAAAGCAAAUUUCGGGCUAGAUUUUUAAAAAAUUCUAAAUUUGGAUAUAGGGAAGAAUGAUUCUUUUAUUCAACCAUUCUGGAGGAGAUAAGUAAAAGACUGCUUCCUUUAAAAAUCAAGCAGCUUCCUCUCUAUCAGAAUAGGAAAGUAGACUUUUGCCCAAAAGAUGAUGUUUAGGAAAUUGCAGUAUCUGAUCAGGCUAUCAAUGUU